AUGUACCUCGCUUUUACAUCUUUUCUUCGUAACUUGGUUACUGCUAAAAGUGACGCUUCAAUUCAGGUUGAAGUCAUUCAGUCACUUUUCAUUACCGCCUGUCAUCUCCCAAAUAUUUUUCUCUCUUUUUCUUGUUUCUUUGUUGCUUUCUUCAUUCAUUUUUAUGCCCCACUUCCUUUGUUUUCUUUUCUUCAUUUUCGCCCUAACAUUUUGCUUUCUCUCUGUUUAGUCCUCUCAUUUUAUUUCGCAUUUUUUUUACAUUUUCUUCUUGUUUGUCUUCUAUUUGCUACUAAUUUUCCUUUUACUUUAUUUUCUCAUUUUCUUUCUUUUUUUCUUUUUUCCCACCUCCUUCGUCAUCAUAUCUUUUUUCCUUAUUUUUCUUUAACUCCUUUUCUUUUUCUUCUUUCUCUCUCUUAUUCUAUUUUCAUCUUCUUCUUCUUUCCUACUUUAUUCUUUUUUAUCACCUUUUUCUUUCUUCCUUUUUCACUUUCGUUCACUCUUUUCUUCUUUUUCUCGCCUUUAUAUUCUUUUUUCUCACCUUCUUCUUCUUUACUCUUUUUUUUUAUAUUUGCGUCAUCUCCCCCAUGUCAUUUCUCUUCCUCAUACUUCUCUACUUCUUCUCAAACUUUCCAACUUUUUUUCUCUUCAUCUUACUCAUUGAUUUCCCUUACCCUUACUUUUCUUUCAGGAUCAUUUCUUUCAAAAUCUUCGUCUUCUUUACUUACUCCAUUUCUUCUUCUUUUGUUUCUGCACCUUCUAAUUUCUUUUGCUCGCCUUUCGUCUUUUUAUUCUUUACUUUUGUCUCUCCUCAUUUUUCACACAUUUUUAUUUCUUCUUCGUCUGUUUUCCUCAUUUUCAUUUGCUUUUCUUCGAUUUUCACCCCUACUACUUCUUAGUCUUUUUUUCGGGGGGGGGGAUCUUUCUUAUUUGUCAGCUUACCUCUUACAUUGUUCCUUCAUGUCUUCAUGUUCUUCGUUUUGA